ACGGCCGGGAGCUCACUGCUGUCGGCUGCAAGCUUGGUUCGUCGCCCCGAGGAGGUGCAGAGGGGCCCCGGAGGGGAGAGAGUGGCUGUGCUGUACAAACACUGACACCACACGAACCUAUUUGCGCUCUGGUUUCUGCUUUAACAUCGUUUGUGCCACCGUCUGGAGCAAGGAGAGGAGUAUGCAGGAAGGGCCCUCUGAGCAUGCAGUGGCCCUCUCUCAAAUGCUGAAGGAGACCAAUUCCUGUGGGAAAGUGGACAGUUACUGUGAGAGCAGGAUGUCAGAGGCAUCCUCACACGACGUGUACUUUGACUCUCUGUCGGACCUCCAGGAGGAUGGUGUGGACGACAGCCCUGCAGCUGAGCUCUCGGCAUUCCUCAGCCAGGAGGAGAUGAGCAAGAGCCUCGAUCUGGCACGGGUGGCCAUCGCCAAGAGCUCUUCCGAAGAAACAGAGCCCGAGCCUGAGAUGGAAGACAUCUCGCGGUAUAUCCACCAUCGGCCCCCGGCCAGUUGGCCAGAGGACUGCCCUCUGGCUGGAGCCCGACUCACUCCGCAGCUGGCUAGCCCGCCAACGCCUGUGAAGAGGAACGCCCAGCCAGGAAGCUCUGCCACAGCGGUCGACCGAGGCACGGAUUGCAGACCUGCCCAUCGAGCCACCAGCCCCGGCCAGCCAGACCACCCGAGCACUGACUCGUCAUCUGAGGAACUCGACCCACAGGCUGCAACCAUCUCUGGGGAGGAAAAUCCCGUCCCCAGCUCCAAACGGAAAGGGAUACCUACUUACCAGAGUGAGAGCUCGGCGAGGAAUGAGUUCUGCACCAAGGCCGUGUCAUUCAUAGAGGAGCUGUCCUCUAUCUUCAGGACAGCGAGACCAAGAAACCAUGGCCAGGGGAAGAAUAAGAGCAAUGAAGAAGAUAGCUCAUCACCCGACAGCGGCUAUCUCUCACCGAAGGACUAUGCUAAAGCGAAGACCAGGAAAACCACGCCAUUGGAAUCUAAAUUGACAGCCGUGCCUGAUUUGGAACCAUGUCCUGAGACCGAGCGGAGCUGUGAAAAGGACACGGUCCCCAAGACUGCAGAGAAAAUCCUCACCGGCUCCGCUCCCCGGUUCAUUCAAAAACUGAAAAGUCAAGAGGUCGCUGAGGGAAGCGCGGUCCGUCUGGAGUGCCGCGCAUCUGGGCACCCUUGCCCCACAGUCAGAUGGUUCUGUGAGGGAAAGGAGUUGGAGAAUUCCCCAGAUAUCCGGAUAUCCCAGGAUGGUGACCUCUACACUUUAGCUAUUGCUGAAGCCUUCGAAGACGACACUGGUCGCUACAGCUGCACAGCGACUAACUGCUUUGGAUCAGACACAGCAUCUGCAGAGGUUUAUAUUGAAGGGGCUUCUUCCACAGACUCCGAGUGCGAGAGGGAUAUGUUUAAGCCACAUGCCGGAACCAUGCCUCAGGCCCAGAAGAAGACCACAUCCGUGUCCCUGACAAUAGGAUCCCCUCACUCAAAGGGAGCAGCAGGUUCCAAUGAAGUGCAGCAAGUCUGCUCUACGCUGGUUCAAUCCAUCUCCAUCCCAGUCCCACAGGUGCAGAGCCCAACGUCUUGCCUGCACAUCCAAGAUGGAGUCUCCCCACCUGCGUUUACAAAGGUCUUACAAGAUAUCAGUGCCUCUGAAGGCCAAGUGGUUGUGCUGGAAUGUCGAGUUAAGGGGACCCCUCCCAUCAAAGUACAGUGGCUGAGACAAGGAGCAGAGAUUGAAGAUUCUCCGGACUUCCGAAUCCUUCAGAAAAAGCCUCGAUCAGCCACCGAGCCUGAAGAAGAAAUCUGCACCCUGGUGAUUGCUGAAACCUUUGCAGAAGAUGCCGGAACAUUUACUUGCAUGGCCACCAACCUUGCUGGCACCGUGUCUUGUAGUGCCCAGCUCACACUCAGGCCAGGAGAUGAAAAUGCUCCAAACAAUGGGAAUGGACUAGUGGAUAAUAUUAUCCCAUCACCUCAGAAUGAAAUUAGCUCAUUAGAAUUGCCUCCUAAGAGGACAGUUGACCCAGUCCAGGAGAAGAGCCUUGAGAUCAAGCCUAGUGUGGCUGCCUUCGAACUGCAGCUCAGUCCUGUCGAAAAGUUACCCAACGGUAGUUCUAGGAGCCAAGAGAUCAACGGACCAAGCCAAGGACAAUGUACACAGUCUGCAACCACACUCCCAUCCACAAUAAAGGAACCACCACCUCUAGCUGCCAAACCCAAGCUGGACCCCUUGAGACUGCAGCAGUUACAGAACCAGGUCCUGGCAGAGCAGCAAGGAGGAAGCAAUUGGCCCAGUCAACAAGUGUUGUAUCUCCCACAGUGCUCACCACCCUUGACCCAGUUAGCCCCUUCCCCUAUGAGCGUGCUGAACCCCCAUACUCCCUCAGCCAUGCAGCAAGCAACCACCUUCAAUUACGCCCGGCCUAAGCAGUUCAUUGCUGCUCAAAGCCUUCCGUCUUCUGCCGGGUACCUGUCUCCUUCUUCUGGCUCUUCGGGGUCUAGCCUGUCCUCCCCUCUCUCUCCCCCCACCUCACACAAGCCCUUUAACCGGGUUACCAUCCCACAGCCCUCUCUGAGUGACUCUGAGCAGCGGUACCUCACCUCCCCUUCCACGCUGAGCCCUUCCUACUCCUCCUCACCUCCUCUCCCUCCUCCUCCGCCGGUCCUCACUCCCCCCGCUUUCUUUCCUCAAGACCCUUUUCCUCUGCCACCCCCACCCCCGCCUCUCCUCUGUUCCGCCUCCCAGCCUUCCUAUUCAUCACCCUCAGCUGGUAGGGCCUCCCCUCACUCCAGCCAAUCGCCUAGUGCCUUCCUCAGCUCUGUGUUGCCAUCACAGUCGAUUGUAUCACCCGUCAAUGCACUGGGUCUUCCGAAGGGAGCCAUCGCCAUAACCCCGCAGAGUCUAAAGAAAAAUAACCGGACCCCUCGUCUGGCAACUGAUGAGGAAAUUCAGGGAACAAAGGACGCAGUGAUUCAGGAUCUGGAAAGGAAGCUCCGUUUUAAGGAUGACCGCUUGAGCAAUGGCCAGAGAUUAACCUAUGAGGAGAAGAUGGCCCGCAGGCUCCUGGGAGCGGACAACGCCGCCACUGUAUUCAAUUUUCAGGAAACAGAAGACGACCCUGUGGUCCAGGAAUACAAGGUGUCCAGCUUUGAACAAAGGCUGAUCAAUGAGAUUGAGUUUCGCCUGGAGCGGUCACCAGUGGACGAAUCUGACGACGAGGUUCAGCACGAUGAGCUGCCCGACCACGGCACAGCCCCACUCUUCGAAAGGAAGCUGAAACACGUCAAGCUGUUCGAGGGGACACCAGUAACGUUUACUUGCAAAGUAUUCGGAGAUCCCCAGCCAAAGGUCUAUUGGUUCAAAGACGGCAAACAAAUUUCCAAGCACAGUGAGCAUUACCAGAUUGGUCGAGAGGCCGAUGGAAUUUGUACCCUCCACACUGACGCUGCCACACUGGAUGAUGAUGGGAAUUAUACUAUCAUGGUGGCCAACCCACUGGGUAGGACCAGCUGCACGAGCAGGUUAAUGGUCCAAACUAUGAGCCAGAGAGGACGCUCACCCCGGUCUCCAGCCAGACAGUCACCCGGGCGAAGGCCUCGCUCCAGGUCCCGCGACAGUGGUGAGGAAGCUGAAGCCAUCCAGGAACGUUUCUUCCGACCUCAUUUCCUACAGGCACCAGGAGACAUGAUUGUUCAGGAGGGGAAGCUGUGCCGGAUGGACUGCAAGGUCAGUGGCCUGCCCACCCCAGACCUCAUCUGGCAAUUGAAUGGGAAGCAGAUCCGACCAGACAGCAGCCACAAGAUGCUCGUACGUGAGAAUGGCGUUCACUCCCUGGUCAUUGAGCCAGCUACUGCUAGGGAUGCUGGGAUAUAUACAUGUGUCGCCACAAACCGAGCUGGACAGAACUCUUUCAGUCUCGAGCUAAUUGUUGCAGCUAAAGAGAUGCUCAGAGCCCCAGUGUUCAUCGAGAAGCUGCAGAACACGGGUGUGGCGGAGGGUUACCCAAUACGGUUAGAGUGUCGCGUCUCAGGUGUGCCGUAUCCGCAGAUCUUCUGGAAAAAGGACAAUGAGUCCCUCACCCAGAAUACAGACAGAGUCAGCAUGUAUCAUGAUAACAAGGGUUACAUCUGCCUGCUCAUUCAGCCAACCACAAAGGAGGAUGCUGCGUGGUACACUGUUUCAGCGAAAAACGAAGCUGGAAUCAUAUCCUGUACAGCCAAGCUGGAUAUUUACUCCCCUCAGUGGCACCAGACUCCCAGCUCCAAACCAAAGAAGGUGCGGCCUUCCACCAGCCGCUACGCAGCGCUCACCGACCAAGGGCUCGAUAUUAAGUCGGCAUUCUUGCCUGAGGCGAACCCCAUCCACCUUGGCCCUCAGUCUGACCUCGUGGAGAGCGACGACCUGUAGCUACACUCUCAGAGGGAGAGAGAGCAAGGCGAAGGUUUCAGGCAGAAGGGGGAGAAAAUGGCCUCACAUCGGAAGGGAGUACAUCCAGACCAUCAGGCCAAAAAGUCCAUACACACUGAAAGCCUAUCCAUUUAUAUAUAUACCACAUACUUUUUGUUAAUGUGCAUCAAUACAAGAACCUUAAGCAUGAGAUAAGGUGAAGAGAUUUUGAACUGCAAUCGGGAUGAAGCCAUUGGUAGACAAGUGAGAGUUGGGAUAGAAUUGGAUUCUGACACAUGCACAUAUUCUGAUAUCCAUGUUGUCACAUUGCAUGGUUGGAUUAUAAAGUAGGUAUUCUGCUACACAGUGGCUACCAUUUAUUAUAAACCGUAAUAUACACAUUGUUAAAGAAUAUAUAUCCUGGAAAACCAGCGUCACCUAAGUGCCUGGGCUAAAGCUGUAUUAUUCAGGCUGCCUCCAGACUUGAGCAUGAUGUAUUCUGUUUGUGAUGACUCUCUGUGGGAGGGGA